UCCUUGAAAGUGCAGUACUUGACACAGUCCAUGUAUUGAGAAAAAACGCUACUCUUUUUCGCUAGUACUCUCUUUGGUCCAGUUAUUGUGAGACGGAAUGAAGAGCUUCGUAUUGUGUAUUUUCGUUGUUAUCUGUAUCAGGAGCUGUGUGUCUACAAGCAACAUUUCGACCACGACUGCUACGGCAACAAAGCGACCGACACCUUCGACAACUCCACUUUCUCCGACACGUUCGAAAAGCUCAUCGCCAAGUACUACGGUCUUGACUACCACAAGUAACAAUAGAACAAGCACAUUUAGUCCACCAACUUCAAGUCCAACAACUGAAACGACCUGUUCACAGAAGAACACAUCAUGUGGUGACUGUGUCAAAGAUGUCAGUUGCUUUUGGUGCGCCGCGGAUGUCUCAUGUAAGAAGUACAAGGCGAGCAUCAAGAUCAUUCCUCACAACUGCAAUGGAAAUAAAUGGUAUUGGAAGCAGUGCUUUGUUGCAGGUUCUGUUCUAAUUUAUGUCAUUCCAAGUGUGGUUUUUGUGGUCCUCGUGUUAACUGGCUGCUGUGUUUACUGUCUGUGCUGUCGAAAACGCAGACAACGAAAUUACCAAAGAGAAGACAGAAAGAUGCAGAAAAGACGGGAAGAGGCACAGAAACGAAAUGCUGAGAGAAGAGCAGAAAGGAAAAUCAGAACUGACGCAAUUCGUCAAAAGUAUGGACUGCUUACAAAUGAAGAUGACGGCGAACUUGCAUAGGGGGAAGACAAAAACCAAUGCUACUAAAUCAGUUAAAAAAGUGGUACUUUCACCACCACAAUUUUGUUACUUAAAUUUUGUACUUGCACAUAUUUUCACCUUUGAAAUCCUGGUCACUCUCACCCUUUGACCUCUAAGAGUGACUAGCAUCUAAUUUCUCCUUACAUUAUCACCCCUGAAUCAACCAUUAAGGUCAGGAGAAUAAAGAAAAUGAUCACCAUCAAAAGAAACCUCUUGAUUGGUAAACACAUUCUCCCUGUCAACACCUAAGAAAAUGUACGGAGAAUAUACAUUUUGUUGUUAGGGUGAAAAUAGUGAGUCUUUUCCUGGUGGUUUGCAAGAUUCAUUCUCGAUUCCUAUUGAUAAAUUAACAUUAAUAACAUAACCACAAGACAUUGACAAAAGAAUACCUUAUUGGACCUGCCUGCCAUAAGAAGACAUUAUCUCCUUUAGUUCUCCAUGCACCUUACCAAAUUUUGACCUCUGCACUUUUUAGAAGUUACUGCAUUUAACAUAUAUCAGGGUAAUCAGUUACCUAUAAGCUGAGCAAUUUUUUUACAGAAAUUUUGGAAGUGAAGCUGUCAAAAAGAAUAGCAUUGACAGCUUUGUCUUAUCACUGAGCAUUUAAACUAUCCUAGUAUGAAAUAAAUCGAUAACAUAUUUACAUCAUUAUAAAAUAUGCUUAUUUUAAUAUUUAUUUUGAACAAAAUUUAUUUCCUUGUACUUUUAUAUCAGCCUGCCUUCAUUCGCCUCAAUCACUACAAGAUAGGAAGGGAGUUUUGUGGGAAUUACUGUUGAUUUUCAAGUUUGUAACAUGAGGUGUACCAAGAUAAAAAUAUUCGUAGUAAGAAGCAGAGCUUUUUGACAGAUUUGUGCCUAUAUAACUUUACCUUUCAGAGAUUUUAAUAGUAUUAUACAAGGCCCAUCUGUUCCUGGAGGGUCUGAGGCAUGUACCCCUGGAAAAUUUUGAAUUUGUGGCUGUGCCUAGAGGGAUAUUCCUGCGUUUUCGGCCUCUAUUUUUUUUUUCAUUAAAUUUGAAGAAAAUCAUUCCCGUGUGUACAAAUUACAUCUGAGUGAAAGCAACAAAGGGUACAGUCAGCUCUUUACAAACUGGUAGAUCUACCUGCUUCUUGGGAAUAAAUUCCUUUCUUGAAAACUCUAUCCUAAAUUUUCAUUUGAAGAUUUAGUAAUUUAAUUGACAACACCCUCAUUAAUUGAUGUAGAAAUGAUGCAAAGAGUGUAUGGUUGCUUGCUGAUCGUAUUUAUUGAACAUUGCUGUUACACUAGACUUUGAAGUGGGAUCAGAUGAUCUCUAGCAUUUAAUUUUCGAAUAGUUUCUUCUUUGUACACAUUACUUUUAACUAGAUAGAUUUUCAAGGAUGUUUACAAGCACAGUGCCAGUUGUGGUGGUUGAACAAGUUUACCUCAGAUGUCUUUAUCAAACACUUAUAAAAACUGUCAAACCUGAAAUUAAUGCAGAUUAGAACCUUUUGGCAGCCUGCUGCAUAUUCAGAUGUCCAUUUUUCAAAAGUAUAGUUAUUGCAUCUUAGGAGGUAUAUCACUUCCUCUGAUGUGCCAAGUUCCAAAAAUAUCCUUCAUUGUUCAUAAUAUUUAUUAACAUAGAGAAAUAUAAUUCUAAUGAUAUUCUAUCUUUCUUUAGUUUAUAAUUAAAUAUUGAAAGGAUG